AUACUAUAAUUUUGUUAAUAAAAAAUUUUUGAUAGAAUAUACAAUAAACUUUUGUAAUAUAUAUAUAUAAAAGCAUAGAAAAAUAAAUAAUUUCUGAAAGUCAUAAAAGAUAGUCUAAUAAAAUAAAUAUCUUAUACUUUAAAUAUGCAAAAAUCAAAAAGUUAAAAUAUAAAAAACAUAUUACAGAAUCUAUCCUCAAUAAGAGGAGAGAGUCUUUAUUAGAGUUUCUUACUUGGCACUGCGUUUGUAAGAUAUAACCUGAGUGAGUAGGCUUUGUAAGAAUUAACAUAAGGUUUUGAAUAAUUUGUUUAGCUUACUAAACAAAUGCAAAGAACAGAUUUAAUUGAAGAAUUAUAUUCUCAUAUUCUUGAAGGAAAGUAGCCAUAGCCAAUUAAAACUAUAGAACUGUUAACAGAAAAAAUAUUUUAGUAAGACUCAUAAAUCCAAAUGAAAUAAGAUUUUAAUAAAAAUGAAGAGGAAUUAUUUUAAAGCAUGAUGCAAGAGGAGUAGAGAUAAGAGUUAGAGAGGUAAAAACAAGAUGAAUUGUUGGCAAGAUUAGCUGCUCAAGAAAUGGAAGAAGAGGAAAGAAAAGUACUUGACUCGUAUAAAAAAAUUUAAAACGAAGAUGAAUAAUCUUGGAAAUGUGAGAUUUGUUUAGAAUUAAUGACAGAUUCAUAAUUUUGGCCUCUUUAGUGCAGACAUUAAUUUCACAGAGAUUGUUUGCAAUAGUACUUUAAUGUCAAAAUAAAGGAUCGUAGCUUUCCUCUUAAGUGUCCUAAUGAUAAUUGCAAAUAAGAUGUAGAUUAUAGUGAUAUUAAAGAAAUUCUAACUAAACAAGAAUUUUAAAAAUAUGAAGAAUUUUCCUUAAACAACUACAUUGAUAGCAAUUUAGAAGAAAUAUCUUGGUGUCCUUCUGCUGGGUGCAAGUAUGCAUUUGUUUUAGAAGAGAACUAAACUUUGUUAAUAUGUCCUCUUUGUAGAAAGAAAUUUUGUUUAACUUGCAAAUGUGAAUUCCAUAAGAAUCAAACAUGCAAAGAAUAUCAAAUUUCUAACACAUACAAUGAAUAAGAUAAGCGUUUCGAGCAAUUUGUCAGAGGUUAAAAAUUCAAAUAAUGUAUCAAUUGCAAAAUGUGGGUAGAAAAGAAUUAAGGCUGUGAUCACAUGACUUGCAGAUGUGGCUGUCAAUUCUGUUACAAAUGUGGUGGACCUUAUCAAAAGUGUGCAUGCUAUGGAUAUAAUAAUUGA